UCUUUCUCUUCUCUCCGCGCCCCAGGGGACCCCCUGUCCUCCGAGGACGCCCGUCCAGUUUCUGCGCCCCUAACCAGCCACUUCUUCCUUACCUGCUCUUCCUCACCACUCCACAGCGUCCUAGAGACCCCUCUCGGACCUCACGUCCACACCUCCCACCCCCGGACCCAUGGUCCCAGAGCCGGGCCCCUCCAACCGCAGCAGCCCGGAUUGGGGAGCGGGACCGCCGUCGACCCCGGGGGGCAGCGGCUGGGUGGCAGCUGCGCUGUGUGCGGUCAUCGCGCUGACCGCGGCGGCUAACACGCUGCUCAUCGCGCUCAUCUGCACUCAGCCGGCGCUGCGGAACACGUCCAACUUCUUCCUGGUGUCUCUCUUCACGUCCGACCUGAUGGUGGGGCUGGUGGUGAUGCCACCCGCCAUGCUGAACGCGCUGUACGGGCGCUGGGUGCUGGCACGCAGCUUCUGCCUGCUCUGGACCGCUUUCGACGUGAUGUGCUGCAGUGCCUCUAUCCUGAACCUCUGCCUCAUCAGUCUGGACCGCUACCUGCUCAUCCUCUCGCCGCUGCGCUACAAGCUGCGCAUGACGCCCCCGCGCGCCCUGGCGCUGGUCCUGGGCGCCUGGAGCCUCGCCGCGUUCGCCUCUUUCCUGCCCCUGCUCCUGGGCUGGCACGAGCUGGGCCGCGUGCGGACGCCCGCCCCAGGCCAGUGUCGCCUGCUGGCCAGCCUGCCCUUCGUCCUCGUGGCGUCCGGCGUCACCUUCUUCCUGCCCUCUGGCGCCAUCUGCUUCACCUACUGCAGGAUCCUGCUGACCGCCCGCAAGCAGGCGGUGCAGGUGCCCCGGACCCCACGUCCUGGGAUGGAGUCGGCGGAGAGCAGGCGUUUGGCCACCACGCACAGCAGGAAGGCCCUGAAGGCCAGCCUGACGCUGGGCAUCCUGCUGGGCAUGUUCUUUGUGACCUGGCUGCCCUUCUUUGUGGCCAACAUCGUGCAGGCCGUGUGUGACUGCAUCUCCCCAGACCUCUUUGAUGUCCUCACGUGGCUGGGUUACUGUAACAGCACCAUGAACCCCAUCAUCUACCCGCUCUUUAUGCGGGACUUCAAGCGGGCCCUCGGGAGAUUCCUGCCCUGUCCCCACUGCCCUGCAGAGCACCAGGCCAGCCUUGCCUCACCGUCCAUGCGCACCUCUCACAGCGGUGCCAGGCCGGGCCUGAGCCUGCAGCACGUCCAAGCCCUGCCCCUGCCCCACUCGGACCUGGACUCUGACUCGGGGGCCUCCUCGGGCCUGCAGCUCACAGCCCAGCUGUUGCUGCCUGGAGAGGCCACCCGGGACCCCCCACCUCUUGCCCGGAGUGCUGCCGCCAUCACCUUCUUCAAUAUUGAUCCACCGGAGCCAGAGCUGCGGCUGCAUCCACUGGGGACCCCUAUGAACUGAUCAGGGCCAGGGGCUGGCCAGUGGGGAGGGGGCUGGAUGGCCAGCCUCUGAGGGAUGAGGCCAGGCCCUCGGCCAUGGCCAGGAGUCUGUGGGUCUCCUUGGGGCUCGCUGAGCUUCACCGGGGUGCGCUGAGUCCAUCCCCCACUGCCCACUCCUGACCAUUGGGUGGGAUAGACUCUGGCUCCGAUGCCCCAUAGUUGAGUGUCCCUUGCAGCUGCGUGUGUGCAGGAUGGACGGAGGAUGCUGGGCUCGGAUUAGGAUGAAGACAGUGUUGUCCCUUUGACUUGUCUGCAGAGAGGGGGAGUGCUUGGCCGGGCCUCUCGCUGCUCAAAGUGUGGUCCUCAGACCAGUAGCAUCCACAUCACCUGGAAUUUUGCUGAAAAUGCAUAUCCCUGGCCUACCCUAGAACCCCCAGGUCAGAACUUGCGUGCUCACAAGAGCCUGGGUGGGUGGUCUGCCUGCGCCGCGCCAUCUGAGACGCUGGCUGAUCACACGCAGUUACCAAUGAUCGGAUGGGGUGUUGAUGCUGACUCAGCAAGCACGUGCAUCAGGUUGAACUGUGCUCCCUACAAUGUCCAUGGCUUUUGUUUGGGUCGGGGAUAGCUCACCAGGCCUUUCUGCCCAGGCACCUUGGGGGUAGACUUGAACUCUCAACCCUUCGGGUAGCAGCCCAGUGAGUUUACUGUUUGCACUCCCAGUGACUCCUGGGAAGGCUUAGGCAGUUUUAAAGCUGGAGCAGGGUUUGCCGGGCAGUUUCCGGGUGGGCCGGCUCAGGCUGGUGGGUUCAUUCCAUGCAGCACAGGCAAGCUCUGGGUUGCGUCUGGUCUGGCCAGAAUGAAAUCUCAGUUCCACAGUUUACUAGCUCGGGCAGAUUAUGAACCUCUCUGAGCUCAGUAAUUGUGUGCAAAAUGGGUGACACUUUCCUCCCACAGGUGCCAAGAGCACCCAGAGGUGGCAAGUAGGAUGCGGUUGUCUCUCUGGCCAUCCUGCCUGCUCCCCA